GCGCGGCUCCGAGGCCGGCAGGUCCGCGGUGGCUGCGGCGGCGGUGAAAAGAGAGCGGCCGGGCCUCUCCGACCCGGGCCGGAGCUCCCCGAUCCCAGUGUCCGGCUCGCGGAGCGAGGUGGCCGGGCGGCUUGGCACCAUGGCCAGGGCCGGCAUGGAGCGGUGGCGCGACCGGCUGGCGCUGGUGACGGGCGCCUCGGGGGGCAUUGGCGCGGCGGUGGCCCGUGCCCUAGUCCAGCAGGGGCUGAAGGUGGUGGGUUGUGCCCGCACCGUCGGCAGCAUCGAGGAGCUGGCUGCUGAAUGUAAGAGUGCAGGCUACCCCGGGACUUUGAUCCCCUACAGAUGCGACCUGUCAAAUGAGGAAGACAUUCUCUCCAUGUUCUCGGCUGUCCGCUCACAGCACAGCGGUGUGGACAUCUGCAUCAACAAUGCCGGGCUGGCCCGGCCUGACCCCCUGCUCUCAGGCAGCACCAGCGGAUGGAAGGACAUGUUCAACGUGAAUGUGCUGGCCCUCAGCAUCUGCACACGGGAAGCCUACCAGUCUAUGAAGGAGCGGAAGGUGGACGACGGACACAUCAUUAACAUCAACAGCAUGUCUGGCCACCGAGUGGAACCCCAGUCGGUAAUCCAUUUCUACAGUGCAACCAAGUAUGCCGUUACUGCCCUGACAGAGGGACUGAGGCAUGAGCUUCGGGAGGCCCAGACCCACAUCCGAGCCACAUGUCUCAAACCUGAGGAUGUGGCCGAUGCUGUCAUCUACGUCCUCAGCACCCCCCCACACGUCCAGCUCUCCAGCCCAGUCUUGGCUUCUCAGCCUGGGUGGGCUCAUCACACUGACUAUGGCAACAGAACACCAGGGCCUAGCUCCCAAGUGGAUUUCACUGUGAAAAUUAAAAGAAAAAUUCCAAGCAACUUAUAUUGACUUCAGAGUGUCUUUUAAUUCUUUCCUCUUUUCUGUGAUCAGGGGUGAUCAUGUCUCAGAAUUUCUUCCAGGUGAGGGGGAAGGCGGGUGGAUUUGGGGCAUCACUCCCGGAGUGGGGAUUACUGAUUAGGUGGCAGGAGUGGGUUUGGGUUGGGUCUUGAAAGGGGUAGGCAUUUGCCAGUCAGAAAAAAAGACAAACUGUGUGCAAGACUAGGAGGCAGGGAAGAGCAUGCAAUGUUGUGGGAACAGCACAGAACUUAAUGCAGGAGUAAAAUGGGGCUGGAAGGGUAGCUCUUGAUUAGAUCACUAAGGGUUUGAACGCUGAGCAAGGGAGGCUGGCCUUUACCUAUGGGCCAAAGGCAUGAGUUGGUUUGUCAGCAAGGGUGCAACAGGAGCAGAGCUGUCACUUAGGAAAAGAAUCAACAGCUAUGGGACAGGAAGUUAUUGCUGGGGUCCUGCUGACUGGUGGUGAGGGUCUGACAGGGCAGUAGGGAGGGAGGAGCUGAGUGCAGGAGAGGAUUCUGAGGAAAAUCUCCAGCACUUGGUGGUGGCUUGGAUGUGGGGAGAGAAGCACCAGACUGGCUUGGUUGAACAGGAAAAGUAAUACAUUCCCUUAAAGUGUCCUUUGCUGAAGUCUGGGUAAAUGUGGCCUCUCAGCCUCCUAGGAACUCCAAGGGCACAGGAGCCCUUCGCAUCCCUGGCCGUUUCAGGAGGUCUGGCUGAGCGCGCAGGUGGCGGGCCGAGGGCCUGCCGGGCAAGGGAGAAGUGACAGUGGAGCUGCGC